AUGAAUGACUUAAUGAAGAAAACUAAUAGGGCUUCUACUUUUUAAAAUAAUCAAAAAUUGGCAUCCAGAUAAAUUCAAGAUACAUUCGUUUCCUAAACCAUUUUAGAUCAAAAUGCCGUGGAAAGAUGGAUAAAUGAAGCAUUAAGAGAAGCUUGUGUAGAUGAAAAAUAGAAUAAUUUGAAAAAAUUAGGACUUGAUAGGCAUUCCUUAAAGGUUGUAAAUGACUAUUAAAUUUUAGAGUGCUGGACUUAAGGAUGAAGAGGCUAACAGGCUUUAUAGAAGUAUGUUUGUAUAUACAGUUGGAUUUUAUGAAAUGCUUCAAGACAUUCUUAAAAAUUUUUAAUUAACUGCAAAUAUUUGGUAAGUAUUUGGGAUACUUUUGGAAUAUGUUGCAAAAGGUGAUUUUUAAUUGACAAUAAAUUAAAUAAAGAAAGAAAAUUCAUAAAAAAUAGAAGAGCUAAAUGAAACUUUGACUUAAAGAGAAAACAAAUUUAGAUCUAUAGAAAUAAUGGCUUAAGAUGAAAUAAAUAAAUUAUAAAAUAUAUUGUAAGAUUUAAAUGAUUAGAAUAAUCUGUUGAAAUUACAAAGAGAUAACGCAGAGCUUGAUUUUCAAUAAUCUAAUACAGCAUUUGAAUAAGAAGUAACUUUAAGAAUAAAGUUUUAAUAUAGAAUUAAUGAAAUUACAUCAGUAUACAGAGAAUUAGAAUAAAACUAUACAAAAUUAUCUGAAGAACUUAAGGAAUUAAGAAUAUUGUAUGAUUAUACAACUAAUGACUUAAUGAAGUCCAAAAAACACUUAGAAUGUAUCAUUGCAGAGAUUGAUAUUAAAGAUAAUUAAAUCAUAAAUUUCAAUUAAACAAUAGAAAAUUAAAAAAGGUUAUUAGAUGAAAAAGAAAAUAAAAUUUUAAUCUAAGAAUUAAAAAUCAAUAAAUUAUCAUAAGAUUCUAUUUAGGACCAUAGUCAUUAUAUGAAUUAUGAACAUUAAUUUAAUUAAUUAUGUAUGUAAUUUUCAAAUUAUAAAGAAGAAAACAUUUAUAAGUAUUAAUUUUUAAUAAUAAAAUAAUAGAUUAUAAAAAUUAGAGAAAUAUCAAAGAAAUUAUUAAGAUACUUUAGAAAUGAAUAAGAAAUUAACAAAUGAGAAUUAAGAAAUAAAAUAAGAAAAUGUUAGGUUGCAAAAUGAAAACAAAAAACAAAAAAUAGCUAUUGAUUCAUUUGAAUAAUUAGAGUAAGGUUACAGAUCCAGUAUUUUGUAGUUAUAAUAAGAAAUUAGAGAUUUGAUUGAAGAACAUGAAGAUGAAAUUAAGAAAUACUAAAAAAUUUAAGUAGAAUAUUAAUUUGGAAUAUAAAGAAUUUCAAUGUAAUAAGAAGAAAUUUUGACUUUAAAUUAAAACAUUUAGUAAAUGAAAAUUAACAAAAACUCUUUAAAUGAACUAUUAAAUAAUGAGAAAGCAGAAAAUUAGUAACUUAAAAUUGUAUUAGAAGGUAAAGAGGAAACUAUUAAAGAUUUAGAAAAAUGUUUAAGGUUCAGUCAAUAAAGAUUACAAAGUCAUACAUUGGAAAUGAAUGAGUUUGAAAAUAAAUUAAAAUAAGAUUUCAAAACUACUGAAAUAUCUUAUUAAAAAUAAAUUGAAUAAUUAUAAGAAACAAUAGAUACUUAGAAUUAGGAUAUUAUAAAUGAAAAAAAAAAAUAUGAAGAACUUUAAAAUAAAUUUGAAUCUCAAAUAAAAGAGUUAUCAGAUGUUAAGUCUUUACAUAAUGUUUUAGUUUUUGAAAAUAAUGAAUUAAUUAAAAAAUAAGUAUUUUCAGAUAACGUCAUAAAUAAUGAAAAUUAAAGAAUAGGUUAAUUGAUUAAUGAAAUCACUUCUAUUAGAAAUAAGUAUGAAGAAUCUUUAAGCAAGUAUAAAAAACUUGAAAUAAAGUUUGAUUAAUAAUAACGAUAAAUUUAUAAAGAUAAAUCAUUUUUAAUUGAUUAAUAUACAAAUAAAAUUAAAAAUUAUUAAAUGAUGCAAAAAGAUAUGGUUCAUAAAAUGAAAUUUGAAGAUGCUUUAAGUUUAUUGGAUAGAACAAAUUAAAAACUAAUUACGUUAAAUUAAUCAUAUAAACAAGCAGAUGAGUAAAAGAAAUAAUUGAAAAAUUAAAAUUAAUAAUUAAAUAAAGAAAUUGAAGAGUUAAACAUCAAAUUAUAACAAUAAGUCAAUUUAAUUUAAACACUAUAUAAAGAUUAUAAUAAAAGUUGUAAUAAUUUAAAGAUAAUAAAGUUUAAGUAAUUAGUAUAUUUUGCCAGUUUAAAGGAAGUAAAUAAACAAUUGAAAUAAAAAACUGAUAAUUUAUUUUUAAUCUAAAAUAAUAAUGAAGAUUUGAAAAAGCAAUUGAUCAAAUUGUAAGAAGAGAAUUUUAAUUAACAAUAGUUAAUAAUUAGAUAUAGAAUUUCUUUAUAAGGCUAAAACUAAAAGGAGGAUUUAACAAAUGAAAUUUAAACUUAAAGGAAGAGUUAAAAAUUUAAGUCUCAGAAUUUAAUCUAAGUAAAUUCAUUUGAUGAUUAAACAGCUUAUCUUAAAAAUUAAGUUAUAUAAUAAAAUCAAUCAAAAAAUUUAAAGAAAUCUAAAUUUUAAAAUUAAAUAGAAUAAACUCAAGAUAAAAUAUUUCAAUAAAAAUAAGAUAAUUAUAAUUUACCAUUAAAAUAGUUGUCUAAAACUGUUGAUCUAUCAUAAUCAUUAAUAGAAAAUAAAUAAUAAUAAUAAAUUAGAAAAUUAAAUAAUCUUAAAAUUGGGGAUGGUCUUCAUGAGAUUUCUAUCGAAAAUGAUAAAAAUUAAGAAAAAUCUUUCUUCUAAUCUCGUAGUAUUAGUGUAAGUUAAGGAAGUAAAAGUUAAAGAAACAAACAUUAGAAAGGUUAGUUAGAUUUUUUAAUGAGAGUCAAAAAAAAUACUUUGAUAAAAAAUGCAAAGAUUGAUUCUAAGUAAUUUAGUCAGCUAUUUUAAAUUGCUAGAGAACAUUAUCAAUCCUGA